UCGGAGGCGAUGCCCGGCCUUCCCUUUAAGGGCCUGACGCCGUUACUAAGGCGGCCCGGGAGGCGCGGAAACUGAACCUGCGCCGCGGCCAGAGCGACAGGCCCGGCAGCUCCCGCCUCACGCCAUGGCCGCAGCUGCCGCCGGCCUGGAGGACCCAUCUCUGGAGAAACACUUUAAAGGCCAUCGAGAUGCCAUCACUAGUGUGGAUUUCAGUCUCAAUAAGAAGCAAUUGGCAAGUGGCUCUAUGGAUUCGUGCUUGAUGAUCUGGAGUAUGAGACCCCAAAUGAGAGCCUAUCGCUUUGUGGGUCACAAAGAUGCAGUCAUGUGUGUUCAGUUUUCACCUUCUGGCCAUCUGGUGGCCUCAGGCUCCAGAGACAAAACUGUCCGUUUAUGGGUUCCAAAUGUCAAAGGAGAAUCUACUGUGUUCAAGGCUCAUACGGCAACUGUAAGAAGCGUUCAGUUCUCCAGUGAUGGACAGUCCUUGGUUACAGCUUCUGAUGACAAAACUGUCAAAGUAUGGACAGUUCACAGACAGAAAUUUCUCUUUUCCUUGAACCAGCACAUAAACUGGGUUCGCUGUGCCAAAUUUUCUCCAGAUGGAAGACUAAUAGCUUCUGCAAGCGAUGAUAAAACUAUCAAACUAUGGGAUAAAACCAGCAGAGAAUGUAUACAUUCUUUUUGUGAGCACGGUGGGUUUGUGAAUCAUGUGGAUUUUCAUCCCAGUGGUACAUGCAUUGCUGCAGCUGGUACAGAUAACACAGUGAAGGUGUGGGAUGUUAGGAUGAAUAGACUACUUCAGCAUUAUCAAGUGCACAGUGCUGUGGUAAACUGUCUUUCCUUUCACCCCUCUGGAAACUACCUCAUUACUGCCUCCAAUGAUUCAACCCUUAAAAUUCUGGAUUUACUAGAAGGAAGGCUGCUGUAUACUCUUCAUGGUCAUCAGGGGCCAGCUACCUGUGUUGCCUUCUCAAGAAUUGGGGACUUUUUUGCUUCUGGAGGGUCAGAUGAACAGCAAUCAGAAAUGGAUUGCGGUGAUCCUCCUAAGAAAAACAAAACACAAGAAUCUGCCAGGAACCAGCACCAGCAAGAGGAGGAGACGAGUCUUGCAGAUACCCUAGAGCAUAUUGUGGGACAGUUAGAUGUUCUUACUCAGACUGUUUCCAUUCUGGAGCAGAGACUGACACUGACUGAAGACAAGCUGAAGGAGUGUCUUGAGAAUCAGCAGAAGCUCAUGCACAGUAAAGGGAAUUGAUUCCACGAGGGGCUGAUAAAGCCGGAAUUGUCUGGAAGCUUGGGGUUUUGUUUGUGUGUUUCUAAUACUUUGGGUGAAUCAUUUUUAACAGAUGGAAUCACUUAUUUUAUUAAAAUAAAAUGUACAGCCAAUGGCAUCUGUAAAUACACUUUUUUUUGUUACUGUAAGAAUAAAAUUCUUAUUUCACUAAACACAGCUAACAAUUUGUGAUCCUUUGAGUUAAAUCCCCAUUGAGCAGAGGCAGUGCUAGCCCAUGGGGGGCCCUAAGCAGGAAUAUUUUUUGUCUCCACAAUACAUAAUAAAAUUUGAAUAGGGGGCCCCUAUGAGUUGCUCGGGACCCUAAGCAAUUAGUUAGCACUAGUCUAUACUAGAAUCACUCCAGCAGCACAGCUGUAUGCAUGUAGCUGCGCCGUGGUAGCGCUGCUAGAGCAGAUGCUGUAUGCCGAUGGGGGAGAGCUCUCACAUCGGCAUCAUUACUGCUGCUCAGAAAGGUGGAGUAGCUUAGGUCACUCAGAAGUGUGACUUAUUCACACCCUUGAGCGACAUCAGUUAUACCGAAGUAAGCACUAGUGUGUACAAGCCCGAAGUCUGCUUAUGCCUAGCGCCAGCUCUGUUGAGAGCAUAAGUAUUGUAUGUGGAGUAUAGGGGAAGGGAAGAUCCUAACUUCUCAGAGCUGCUGCUGAGCUAAACUAGUUAAUCUGAGCAUUGGGGAAUGUGAAGCAUCUGGAAAGUGCUGUACCAGAUUUACUGAUCUAUGGUUGAGGUGUCUGUGUGCGUGCUGGGGGGUUUGCUCACAGGCAAAGAAUGCCCAAAUGGUGGACGCGCACCUCUAUUCUAAAACUGUAGCAAGCAUCGAGCAGAGAACGUGACUCAUGCUUCUAGAAGGUUCUGCAUCAUCCAAGUCCCAAAUGGCUCCUAGGGAAUUUGAUGAAGAGCGAAUCUCAAUGUCCUUUGCACAAAGGAUAUUGUAGUGUGUAGGAUCUACUCAUCUCUUAUGUAGUUUGUAAAGAGUGAAAAGAGCAGGGCCUAAGGCGAGAUGAGAGGCACCAGCUAGUAAGAAACAAUAUGGUCCCAAGGAACAUUCUCCUUAAUUCUCCUUGAUUCAUUUUUUAAGGGAGUUGUGGGGAGGAGGAUAAAUAGCAGAACUGUUAGCGCAGCCUUUUACUUUUUUCUGAGUGUCCCAAAUCAAUUUUAUCUUGUUUUUACAGCUGGAAUGGCACUUCAGUUCACGUUGAUAUUCCCCCCCCGCCCCCUAGACUCUAUGGUCAGGACUCUAUGCAUGUGUCCAGUAUGUGACUGCACAGGAGCCUUUGCUAAUACCCCUCCCAGCAUUCACCUAUGACCUCCCCCCACAUAACUGCUUGCUGUGUCACUACUACCUACCCACGUUGAGAAAUGGGCUGCAGGAGCCCCAGCCUCACCUGGUUGCUGAAAUCCUCCUAGCUGCUGCAUUUCUGACCCUUUCAGUUGCACUGACUCCCGGCCUCAUUCCUCUCCCACAUAGCUUCCAAAUCCUGCCAUCUCCAGGUGUGCUCUGGGCAUUAUGGAAGUUUGCCUGAGGCCUGGCUGGCAUGUCUGUCUUCACACAGGCCUAUGCAAAACCAGCCCUUUUCUUGCACCUGUUUCUGCGGAAGGCGGUGUCCCCCUGAAUUCUAUUGAAACCUUGUUAAAUCCGACUGAGAGCUGCUUAUUUCCAUCAGGAUAAAACUCUUUUCAUUGUCUCUCCCAGCACCAGAAAGAUCCUUAUCUCCUCCUAUGCAAGUGCUUCCCACAUCUCCAACUCCUUCUAGCUGGAGCUACAUAAUAGAUUUCACUCCUUUUGGUUUGCAAGCAGCCAGUGGCUUUGUUUUAUUUCCAAGCAUCUUUGGUUGAUGAAUUUGAAUCUCUUUCUGCAUAACCGCAGACUAAGAAUGCUUAUUUUCUCCAUUUCCAAGCUGUGAAUCUGAGAAAUCAUUAUUUUCACUUAGAUUCAUCUACUGGAAUCGAUCCAGUGAUAUUUUUUCCCCUAAUAGCCAUUUUUAAAUGCUCUUUCUAGAAGCUUUCAGUGGCUUUCUGUUGUGAAGUCAUUACAUCAUUUUCAUUGAUGGAGAAAGAAAAAUUAAAACAAGAAAAAUCUGCUUUUAAAGGAGGAGGGCUAUCCCUAAACUGAUCUAAUUUGAUUGGCAGAAAUUAUUAAAAUAAAAAGUGGUUUCAUGGAAUGAGAACUUGUAAUUGGAUCUUAUCAAUUGAAUCCAAAUGUCUUGGAACGCUCUUUUAGUUAAGUUAGAUUUCAAUUUUCUCUUAAGUGCUUUUCAUCUAAAACUUUAUAAAAUAUAGCUUUGUAUUG